CUCGACUGUUGGCACGCCCCAAUUUUGGAAUCGCUGCUUGAACCACAAGCAAGGGGAAGCGCCUGAUCCGAUCCUAGCCUGGAAAUCGAUUUUUGCGCCCAGUCCUCAUCUUGAACAGCUUCCCGAUGGCCCUGAUCUGAUCUGCUCCACCAAACUUUUGUUUCGUUUUUUUUGUUUCUCUUUUUUGUUGCUUUUUUGCUUUCUUGUGCGCACAGCCAAUUUAUCUCAGGCUUAGAUGCAGCGCGUAUUCCGUUUACCGUGUCUCGCUCUGAAUGCAGGGCUUCUCUGCCAGCUUUCCAAACGCCACAUUGCGCAUUCUUGUCGGAUCCAGCGCGCUCGCACUUGCACCCGCACUUGCACUCGCUCGAACAGCAGCAGCAGCAGCGCAUCACACGCCGCCCCUAUUUUCCCUAUGAGCGGUGAGAUCAUCGAAUACCUUGCACCGCAGAAAGACAAGGUCUACUUGGACGGCACGUUUGGCGAGGGCGGCUACACCAAGCGCAUUCUUGACGAGGCUGCCUGCCAUGUGGUUGCCAUUGACCAGGAUCCCUGUGCUGUGACAAGGCGCGUAGGCUGGCCGAGCCUCGAGCGGUCAUUUGACGGAAUAGUCCUCGACAUUGGCCUGAGCUCAAGCCAGCUCGCAUCGGAUCGCGGGUUCUCAUUCCAGAGGGACUGCCCACUCGACAUGCGCAUGUCGUCGACUGCAGCGCACGGGUCGCUCCGGCGCCUGAUUCCAGCGGACGUCGUUGUCAACCAGUUCUCCGGAGACAAGCUCAACAGCAUAUUUAAACAAUUUGGCCAGGAGCGCUUUUCUCGCCUGAUAGUCAAGGAGAUCGAGAAGAGGCGCGCCAAGGCGCCAAUCAUGACAACCCACCAGCUCGUCGAUGCGGUCGUUGCCGCGAGCCUGCGCAUCUACGUCAACGACGAGUUGGGCCAGCUGCAGUCUGCGCUUGCGUCUGCCACCAGGAUGCUUAACCCGGGCGGGCGCCUGGUUGUGGUGAUGCAUCGUCAAGAACACUUUCGCGCGCUGGCAGAGGAACAGCCAGCUAAGCUAUUGUUCGAAGAGGACGAGUAUGAAGAUGCUGCUGUGACCGAUACUGAGACCGAGACCGAGACCGAUACGGAGAUCUACAGCGACGCUGGCACUGUGCCAUGUGUAUUUCGUCUUGUGACAAAACGUGUCGUCAGGCCGUCGGCAGAGGAGAUUGAGCGCAAUCCACGCUCGCGCUCGGCCAAGUUGCGGACCAUUGAGCGCGUCAAAUGACAAAAAAAUGCGUGGAUUUUUUAGUGUACAUAUCAAGCCAAGCCUUGCUGCCUGCUGCUUGUUCCCCCACGUGAUCUUUGUUUUUUUGCCUCUGACGUGGCAAAAUAUAUCUCGCCUGAGCCAAAAGAAAAGAAAAGAAAAAACAAGAUUCAGCUGGGCCUUCUUUUUACUUUCCUCUAUUUUUGAGCUUUUCACUUGAUACGCC